UUAUCUUACAUGUUAUCAGAUCAGGUUGAAAAAAAACGUGCAAGGGAUAGGGUCCGUUAUGCCGAUAUGUCUCCUAAGAAAAAAGCGUUCUAAGCAAGCUCUCAAAGAUUUAAAACGCAGCAGUCUGAAUAAAGAAUCCAUAGCCAUGGAGAACCCAUGUUGGACCCCUGAGCCUGUUCAUGCCCCUGAGCCUCAAGUCUCCAUACCCACAUGUGAUUGGCAUAUCCCUGAUUUCGAUGGAACCCCCAUAUAUAUUCAGCCAACUUCGGAGCAGAUGUCAGGGGAGGUGACGCCUAAUGUGGUUGUUAGUAACAAGUCACGGAGAAAACAUGUAACACCUGGAGAAAGGCAUGCCUUGCUAGGUCUUCGAAAUGAAGCAUUCUAUGAAAAUAGUAAGAAGCAUGCGGUCUCAUCGGCAGAUGAAAAUCCAUCGAUGAGCAUGGAAGGCGUCAAUGGUUUCGAGACACCAACACAAUCAACCGUUCUUAACAAUGAAAGUACACUUCCAACGCCUGAUAUUGUUCAACAGCUCCAAACACAGUCACCAGGCAAUGAUGAGGGCGAGGACGAGGGUGUCAUAUUGGAAGAAGACUCCGAAGAUGAGGAAGGUUACAUGUUUGCCGGACAAGAAGAUGAUGCUGAUGAGGAUGUGGAAACAGAUGAUGUCAAUGAUGACUCUGCUUCGGUUCCAAACGUGCCAGAUCCAUAUGACAUGGUAUACAGCAAAAUACCAACUGAAACGCACAUGCUCAAGCCUGUUGACGACUGCAAACAUAAACAUUGUGGUGCAAAGAGGUUCGAGCAUGAGCCACCAGGGUUUUGCUGUCGUAAUGGGCAGAUUAAGCUAGCCAACACGGAUACACCACCCGAGCUCAUGAGGCUUUGGACGAGUGAAGACCCUGAUGCUAGGCAUUUCCGUGAUAACAUACGGUUUUUCAAUGGACAUUUCUCGUUCACCUCACUAUACUGCAACCUUGAUGGUGAUACCACUAACACAUCAAAGCAUCCUAUCUACACUUUUCGUGCUCAUGGCCAAAUGUACCACAACAUAAGGUCAUUUGGCAGAAUAGAUGGUCUGCAAGGCAGUCACCUGGAGCUUUACUUCUUUGAUGAUGACCCCAAUUUAGAGCACAGGUAUCGUAGACAGUGCGCAAAAGACAAAGAAGUAAUCACACAGAUGGUCAACAUACUUCGUGGUAACCCAUACUCUGAACAUCUACGGAGUAUGGGAGAGGUUGAGGAUGUUGAUGAUUAUCGUAUCACACUAAACCUUGACCAAAGGAUGGACCAGAGGAGAUACAAUGCACCUACCAGUUCUGAAGUAGCCGCGGUGUGGGUGGAAGGAAGCGAACGGCGAAGACAGUUCGACCACAGCGUGAUACUGCAAGGUAAAAACAGAGAUAUUUUUGGUAUCAAGUCCUAUCAUGGAUGCUACGACGCACUGUCCUACCCACUAUUCUUCCCUAGAGGCGAGCUUGGGUGGCAUACCGAUAACCCAAAGAGAAAUGUGUCCUAUGAUACUGUGAUGGCAGCUCGUGCAGCUCGUCUAGCUCAUCGUAAUAACGACGAGUCCUCUCAAUCCCCCGGCGAUAACAAUGAUGAUGGCGGCGAAGAUAAUGAUCCAGCUUCGGGAGGAAAUAAAUGUGUGUCGGUGAGGGACUACUACUGCUACAAAUUCCAGAUGCGACCUGGGAUAUUUAACCCGAUCCUGCACGGAAAGCGUCUUUUUCAGCAGUUUGCGGUCGACACGUAUAUCAAGAUCGAGAACUCACGGUUGGACUAUAUGUGGAAUCAUCAGGAUAAGAUAAGGGCCGACCUGUACCAAGGCCUGAUGGACAGCUUGCAUGCCGGCGAGGGUAGUACCGAUGCUAUUGGAAAGCGUACGGUGUUGUCAGGAACAUUUAUCGGUGGUCCACGUGACAAGAGGCGUCGCUACAUGGAUGCUAUGGCCUUGGUGCGGAAAUACGGCAAGCCGGACAUCUUUCUCACGAUGACAUGCAAUCCUAACUGGGAUGAGAUCAAGCGCGAGCUCUACCCUGGCCAGACACCUCAAGAUCGUCCAGACCUUGUGGUGCGUGUAUUCAGGGCAAAACUGGAGGAACUGAAGAAUAAGUUGUUUCAGAAGGACAUCCUCGGAAAGGUAAAAGCAUAUGUGUACGUGGUGGAGUUCCAAAAGAGGGGUCUUCCACAUGCACACUUCUUGCUAAUCAUGGAGGGGCGGUUCAAGCUCACAUGCCCCGAACAGUACGACAAGCUUAUCUCAGCAGAGCUACCUAAUAAGAUAAAGUACCCAGAACUGUAUAAGAUGGUAGUGAAACAUAUGAUGCACGGCCCGUGUGGUGUUUUGAACCCUGAUUGUCCAUGCACGAAGGGCCGUCCUGCUUGCAAGAAUCAGUACCCUCGCCCUUUCAAUGCGGCUACCUUACAGGGAAAGGACUCAUACCCUCUAUACAGACGACGUAACGAUGGUUGUAAAGUAACAGUUCGAAAGGCCUUGCUGGACAAUAGGUGGGUUGUCCCAUACAACCCUCACCUCUUGCGUCACUUGAAUUGUCACAUCAAUGUUGAGGCAUGCUCCAGCAUAAAGGCCGUUAAGUACCUAUUCAAGUACAUAUAUAAGGGGCACGAUCGGGCGUCUAUCACGGUGAGCGAGGCUGACAAGGCAGAUAGCAACGGGAACAUAGAUGAGAUCAACCAGUAUAGAGAUGCGAGGUGGGUGACUCCUCCUGAAGCCUUGUGGAGGAUAUACGGCUUUGAGUUGAGUAAAAACUACCCACCUGUGAUGCAGCUGCAGCUCCAUCUAGAAAACUGUCACAUGGUUUCGUUCCAGCAGGGCCAAGAUAUCCAGCAAGUAGUUAACCGUCAAGGUGUUGAGAAGUCAAUGCUUACAGAGUACUUCAGGGCAAACAGAUUACAUGAGGAGGCACGUGGUAUCUUGUACAGGGAUUUCCCCGAAUGGUACACUUGGCAGAAAGGUAAAAAAGGUGAGGAUAAACGCUGGCAGAGAAGGGCUAUAAAAAAAGAUGGUACACGUACAAAAAGGAUACAGGUUGGAAGGAUUGUGUCAGCUCACCCAGCAGAAGGGGAUCGCUAUUACCUGCGAGUCCUUCUAAACCAUGUCACUGGGGCCACCUGCUACGAUGACCUAAAGACGGUUAAUGGCAUUCUGCUGGGAUCCUUUCGUGAAGCUGCAGAGAGAAGGGGGUUGAUCGAAGGGGACAACACAUUGGAUGACUCCCUUACUGAAUCUACACUCUUCGAGAUGCCUUCAUCUCUACGAAGGCUCUUUGCGACAAUAUUGGUAUUCUGCGAGCCUAGCGAUGUGCGCAGGCUCUGGGAUAAGCAUUUUGACGCAAUGUCGGAAGACUAUCGCCGCAACGAUCCAUCCAAUAUUGUAGCUGAGCAGAAAGUUUUGAUAGAUAUCAGAAAUAUGCUACAGUCAAUGGGCAAGGACAUCAAGUCAUUUCCUCUUCCUGAUAUUGAUGAGGAAUUUGACAAUGCCACCGGUGUGGAAAGGGAGAGCUUCGAGGAGUCUGUGAUUGAGCCCAACAAGGAGGACAUAAAUCUAGCAGACUCACUUAAUACGGAUCAGAAGGCCGCGUAUGAAAAAAUUAUGUCUGUUGUUCAUGGCGAUGAGGGUGGUGUGUUCUUUGUGGAUGGACCUGGAGGUACCGGAAAGACUUUUCUGUACAGAGCAUUGCUCGCAACGAUUCGCGGUCAGAAAAAAAUUGCUGUAGCGACAGCUACAUCUGGUGUUGCAGCUUCCAUAAUGCCUGGAGGGAGAACAGCUCAUUCCCGUUUCAAGAUACCACUGAGCAUUGAUGAUGGCGGGUAUUGCACCUUCACUAAACAGAGUGGUACUGCAAAACUCCUACAGUCGGCUUCUCUCAUCAUCUGGGAUGAGGCUUCCAUGACAAAGAGACAGGCAGUCGAGGCGUUGGACAACAGUAUGCGCGAUAUAAUGAGCCGUCCAGACCUGCCAUUUGGUGGAAAGACGGUUGUCUUCGGUGGAGAUUUCAGGCAGGUCCUCCCUGUUGUCCGUAAGGGGUCGAGGGCUCAGAUAAUUGAUGCGUCACUACGUAGGUCUUACCUUUGGGAUUGCAUGACUCACCUAAAGCUCGAACACAAUAUGAGGGCACAUAGUGAUCCUUGGUUUGCGGAGUACCUACUGUGCAUCGGUGAUGGUAAGGAAGAGGCCAAUGCUGAUGGUGACAUCCGUCUUCCUGACGAGAUAUGUGUGCCGUGUACUGGAAAGAAGGGCUCCGACCUUGAUAAACUAAUAGACAACGUUUUCCCCACCCUUGGUGCUAACAUGUCAGACCCAAACUACAUCACCUCCAGAGCAAUCUUGUCGACACGAAAUGACUGCGUUGAUAGGGUUAAUUUGAAGAUGAUAAAUCGAUUCCAGGGACAAGAGAUGUUGUACCGUAGCUUUGAUUGUGCGGUGGACGACCCUCAUAACUACUACCCACCUGACUUUCUUAACACAUUGACCCCUACUGGUCUGCCCCCACAUUUGCUGAAGCUCAAGAUCAAUUGCCCUAUCAUAUUGCUCCGAAACAUUGACCCCGCAAACGGACUUUGUAAUGGCACGAGGUUGGUGGUUAGAGGAUUCCAAAGAAAUGUUAUCGAUGCAGAAAUUGUUUUGGGCCAACAUGCUGGAAAGAGGAUCUUCCUGCCAAGGAUACCACUUUGCCCCUCCGAUGAUGAGAUGUUCCCUUUUCAGUUCAAGAGGAAGCAGUUUCCUGUUAGGCUCAGCUUCGCCAUGACGGUUAACAAGGCACAGGGGCAGACUAUACCUAAUGCCGGUAUUUACUUGCCUGAGCCGGUGUUCUCUCAUGGGCAGUUAUAUGUCGCCCUAUCUAGAUCUACUGCUAGAAAGAACGUCAAGAUUCUUGUCAUCCCAGAUGGUGAUAACAAGAAAACAAGCUCUGAUGAAAGCAAAAAGAAGAGGCAUCCUGUCAAUACCUACACGAAGAACAUAGUCUGGAAGGAGAUCCUUACAUCGUGGCCAGCUUGAAAAGGUCAUUGGACUGAAUGCUAAAAACGCAGACCUUCAUCAGUUUGUCCCGUUCUCAGGACCUGUGUUAUGCCUGGUCCUUUUGAUUUCCCGGAUGGCUCGCUGACAGGUGUUCUUGGCGUCGUCAUGUACGUCGGGCCUUUUGAGACUGACUUUCUAGCCCCUAGCGGCGUCAGAGAGUUAGCUAUUGUUGAUAGCAAGUACAACAUUAUUUUUCUCCGCAUUGAUAAUGAAGUUUUAAUAAUUCAGAUGUCAUAUGUGUGAAACAAUGUUUUAUUUCUCUAUGAUUGUCAUUUUUCUAACAA